AGAAGAUUUAGACUUUGAACUGAUGGCUGGUUUCAGGGGUAGACUCGCGCCGCGGGGGCGAUGAGCGCACUUCCGUUUACUUCUCUUAAAUUUAUCUGCUCUUGUUGUUGCUGGAUUACUUGUCUUGUCAUACUGAUUCGUCCUGGCGGAUACUUUUCGUCAGCGGCUUUUGUCUAUCGAAACCCCGGGGAUUUUUCCAACGAUAGUGCUUACAAGAACACUCGAAAUAAUAACAAUUACGGGAGUACGAGUAGUGAGAGUAGUACUACCAGUAGUGGUAGUAGUAAUCGUAACAGUGCUACGGAAGGUGUAAUAAAUAAUUCGCGGGCAAACUACCUCCUUAAUGGAACAAAAAAUGUGAUAAUAACUAAUUCUAAUAACGAUUUUGUGGUAAGUGGUGAUCCUUCUGGUUCUCGUGGCAAUAAUAAUUAUCAUUAUUAUCUAAAUGAUGAUGGUGGCGAUAGAUACUCUGGUAAGGAACCGAGCAAACGUGCCGUUUCUGAUGGAAACGAUUUUUAUGAUGAAAAUACAGACAUGUCGUAUGAUGACGACGAAGAUGAUGAUUAUCUACAAACUAAUACUACAGAGAAAGGAAGAUUUCUUGGAUCAGUAUGUGAAGACACGUGCAACCCAGAUUUGCAACAUGUCGUCUGCGACGCAACAACUGGGAUGUGCGAGUGCGAGAAAUUGUAUCCCGUUAAACUUGGACCAACGAAAGGAUGCGCUAAACCAAAAAAAAUCGGAGAGCAGUGUUUUUAUCGAGCAGCCUGCACCUUCACAGACCAACAUUCGACCUGCACCCAAGUGCAGCACAAAGCAGUGUGUGAUUGCAGCGAAGGAUACCACAAAGUCGUCAUUGGAAGGCCUAACAAAAGGGUCUUCUGUGCAGAAGAUCUGGUGCUGAUAUCAACUGAUACGUCGACUCUGCUGGGAAUAGCGUCAGGGAUUGCUGUAUUGACAGGGCUGAUGUGCUUCGUCUUGAAGCUAUUCAGCCGUGCGAGGUACUCGAGGCCUCGACAUUACGCCAACGCCAAUCACGCUCCCCCUAUGGUUUUUUCUAGUGAUACAGGAAUCCCGUUGACGCUUUCGGGGCGACCGUCCUCGCGGUCGAGCCAAAGAAGCGACAGCACCCCCCUGAGUUGCGGGACAUUUCGGCGACCCAGCAGUGGAGGAAGUAGAGGACCGCUAGUGCCGGCUUCGAGAGCAGGUGCGGCUCGUGCCGCCGCCAUCUUGCUUAUUUCGUGCCACCUUCAGGCAACUAAGGACGGGAACAAGCACCGACGUACCCUCAGUGACGUUGCUGAGGGCUCCACUGACGGCCUCGGUUCUCGUAGGCCAAGUUUAGCGUCGCUGCACAGUUCAGUUUCCUCGGCGCGGAGUUACAGUGCUAAGAGGUUGGAACGAGAGAGGAACGAAAAGGAACAGAGACAGGCCCUCCAGGAAUUGAGACUUACGCGUCAGCGAGAUUCAGAUGCUGCGCAGCAUCAGCCAGCACAACCUCAACAGCAAUUGCAGUUGCAGCAACAAACGGGUACUCCUAGUCCCAGUCCUCGAACUCCACAUUCAACUGAUGAGCUGUUGCCCUCUGUCCAAGAAGAUAAAGAAGCAUUUUAUAAUGAGGUAGCGACAACUUCUGGUACAUCACUUCCCAGCACAUCGAGAUCGAAACUUACUCACCAAAAGUCCUCAGGAUCAUUGCCAUUAACAGCUACUGCAACAUCAACAUCUUCAUCGACUGUGCCAUCAGCGAUACCUGGAAAAAAAAAAUUAAAGUGUAAUUCCAGUGAAACGGCCUUCAAUUCAUCUGUCGUGUGUACAACAGCCUUUACCAAUAACAAUGACACCGGCAACUGUUCCAACGUAGUAGACAUUUUUGAAUCUUAGACCAAAGUUUUGUUAUUGGUUAAUCAAGGAAUUUUUUAUUGUAUUGGUAACAUUCCAUGCAUGAUUGGUAGUUUAAGUCAGGUGACUGUUUUUUCUUUUUGUUAAGAGUUAAUUUUUAUAGCGGACCCUUGUGAAUAUUUUCUACAUCGUGAUCAAAUUUUUUUUUCCUAUAUAUUAAAAUUGAUGGUUGAUUGAAGUUAGUUUAGUAUCGAAAUAACUCAAAAACAUGGACCCUGAUUUUUUAUUGGUUCAGGAUUAGAGCGCGCGCACAUGCGCGCAAUUUGAAUUCCUAGUGAUACUGAAGUUAGCUGAUAACUGUUAAUUUUUUUAAUUUUUAUAACAAAUCAAUUACAAU